GCAAACGAAGAGCCAGUCCACUGAGUACGCUCGCUUCUGAAAACAAAAUGUCAACCCAGAUGUGUGUUUACAAAUGCCCGUCGUGCGAGAAGUCUUUUAAAAAUACGAGUGGAUUUCAAAAACAUUCAAAAAAAGUACAUGGGACAGGUUUAAAAGCGACUGAACACAAAGUGACAACCCCAGGAAGUAAGCGAGACGAUGUAGAGGACAAUGUGUGUCAAUGGAUGGACUCAGAUGACGAGAAUAACCCGGACUGCUCCACGGAACCUGUUUUUUCCACGCCUGCUGCAGUUUACCAAAAAGAUAAUUUGAAAAAUGACUUGCCAGCUCUAGUCAUCGAAGCACUCCAACAAAUCAAAUGCGAUAACUGUUUGACUAUCCCAGGUAGCGUGUAUGGAUUUGGAAUCGUGGCGAUUGCAAACGACGUCAUCACCAAAGUGAAAUCAGGCGACACCUUCUCUAAUAAAUUCAUCACUGAUAUGACAAGCAAUUUUUGGAACACUAUCAUAUCAGGAGAUAAAGAGCGGACAUUUUCUCUAUACAAUGAAGCAAUAUGGCACCAUUUUUACAAUAUGUGGAUCGACGAAGACCUCACAGAAACUGUUAUUGAUGACUUUCGUAAGUUAUGUAAUGCAGAUGCUGAGAAUGCGCAGUUAUUCCGGACAGCAAGAAUGUUUCUAUUCCGAUUAAUUGUUCUUGUCAGAAACCACAGAGAUAGGUCUGACGGACUAUUACAAAUUCAAAAGGUUCCGUGGCAAAUGUAGAACUACAGUAUGAUCAGGUGGGAGGGUGGUGAUGGACGGUCACGUUACGAACAUGGGUAGAAGGGCGAUGGGCACUGAUGAAGGUUUACAAUGUGAUCGUCGGAUACAUUGUAAUUUUAACGUUUUUUUCAGGGGAUAAUAUUAUUUGGUAGUGAAUUUACAUUUCAAUUACAUGUACUUUCCUACGUCUGUCAGUAUUGUUGAAUUACGUAAUAAAUAA